UUUUUUUUUACCUUGCACUAUGAGUUUCUUUGCACCAAGAACAGCUUCGAGUAAAAGCACAACUAAGACUACCAAGAAUGAAAAAGAGGCUUUAUUAAAAAAGAGCCAACCUUGGGUUGAGAAAUAUCGACCUAAAACAAUGGACGAUAUUGCUUCUCAAGAGCAAGCUGUCAUGGUCUUGAAGAAAGCACUUCAAUCAGAUAAUUUGCCUCAUUUACUCUUUUAUGGUCCUCCUGGUACGGGUAAGACUUCCACCAUUUUAGCCUUGGCCAAUGAACUUUAUGGUCCUCAAUUAAUGAAAUCGCGUGUAUUGGAAUUAAACGCGUCUGAUGAAAGAGGUAUUCAAAUCGUACGUGAUAAAGUCAAAAAUUUCUCUAGAACGACUGUCACUAGCAAAAUAGAUGGUUAUCCUUGUCCUCCUUAUAAAAUCGUUAUUUUGGAUGAAGCUGAUUCAAUGACAAAAGAUGCACAGUCUGCAUUAAGAAGAACAAUGGAGACAUAUUCUAAAACGACCCGUUUCUGUCUUGUCUGUAAUUAUGUUAGUCGUAUCAUUGAACCUAUCACUUCUCGUUGUGCUAAAUUUCGCUUUAAGCCUUUACCCAUGAGUGAUUUAGAGGCACGUAUACAGAUGAUUUGUGGAUUAGAAGGCGUUCAAUUAGCACCUGAUACACUGAAGGCAUUGAUUGAUUGUUCACAAGGUGAUUUGAGAAAGGCUAUUACCUUCUUACAGAGUGGUUAUAAUCUACAAGGAAAAGAACCUAUCACACCUCGUAUGAUUCAUGAAAUGGCAGGUGUUAUUCCUGAUGAGACAAUGGACAACUUACGUCAAGUAUGGGAGGAAUCCACACCUAUUCAAGUGAUUCAAGACCGAGUUCAACAUAUGAUGAAUGAAGGUUAUUCAGGCGAACAUAUUGUAUCUCAAAUCCAUGAAGCCAUUAUCAAGAAUGAGACACUGAAUACACUACAGAAAUCAAGAAUAGCACAACAUAUGUCCACAGUAGACAUUGACCUUGUACAAGGUGCAGAUGAACAUUUACAAGUAUUGCAUUUAAUGACACAGAUUGCUUCUAUUGCUGCUCAUCAAUAAACAUCUUUUGUCUUGGUUUUUUGG